AUGACUCCUACAGCAAAACCCAUCUAUGGUGGUUGGCUGCUCCUGGCUCCGGAUGGGACUGACUUUGACAACCCAGUGCAUCGGUCUCGGAAAUGGCAGCGGAGGUUCUUCAUCCUCUACGAACAUGGUCUCCUGCGCUAUGCCCUGGAUGAGAUGCCUACCACCCUUCCCCAAGGCACCAUCAACAUGAACCAGUGCACAGAUGUGGUAGACGGGGAGGGCCGGACCAGCCAGAAGUUCUCUCUGUGCAUCCUGACGCCCGAGAAGGAGCAUUUUAUCCGGGCGGAGAACAAGGAGAUCAUCAGCGGAUGGCUGGAGAUGCUCAUGGUCUACCCUCGGACCAACAAGCAGAACCAGAAGAAGAAACGAAAAGUAGAGCCUCCUACACCACAGGAGCCAGGGCCUGCCAAAGUGGCUGUCACCAGCAGCAGCAGCAUCCCCAGUGCCGAGAAAGUUCCCACCACCAAGUCCACCCUGUGGCAGGAAGAAAUGAGAGCCAAGGACCAGCCAGAUGGAAACAGCCUGAGUCCAAGCCAGAGCCAGCCUCCUGCUGUCAGCUCCUUGCAAGAACCAGGGCUGGAGGGCAGAGAAGAGGAGGGCACCAUGAGCAGCGAGCAGAUGGACUGUGGCCGCAAAGUCCGAGUGGAGAGCGGCUACUUCUCCUUGGAGAAGACAAAACAGGAUUUGAAGGCCGAAGAGCAGCAGCUGCCCCCACCAAUCUCUCCCCCCAGUCCCAGCACCCCCACCAACAGCAUCUCCCUCAACUCCCUGGACACAGCCGGCCAGCCCCCCGCUCACCUGGACUGUGGUGGCGCUGGGGGGCGGGAAGCAGAGAGACUGGGGCACACCAUUGCCUUUAAAGCCAGCAGGCAGUAUGCCGCCCUGGCCGACGUCCCUAAGGCCGUCAGGAUCAGCCACCGAGAAGCCUUCCAGGUGGAAAGAAGGCGGCUGGAGCGUAAAACUCGGGCCCGCAGCCCUGGCAGGGAAGAGGUGGCCCGGCUGUUUGGAAAUGAGCGGAGGAGGUCCCAGGUGAUCGAGAAGUUUGAGGCCUUGGACAUCGAGAAGGCAGAGCACAUGGAGACCAGUGCACCGGCUGGGCUCACACCGGCCGGUGACACUCGCCAGGGCCGAAGCGAGAAGAGGGCAUUCCCCAGGAAGCGGGACCUCACUGCUGAAGCCCCUACAGCCCCGCUCCCAGAUGCACCAGCUCCCCCUCUGUCUCCACACCGAAGAGCCAAGUCACUGGACAGGAGGUCCACGGAGCCCUCCAUGACGCCCGACCUGCUGAAUUUCAAGAAAGGCUGGCUGACUAAGCAGUAUGAGGAUGGCCAGUGGAAGAAACACUGGUUUGUCCUGGCGGAUCAGAGCCUGAGGUACUACAGGGAUUCAGUGGCUGAGGAGGCAGCGGACCUGGAUGGAGAAAUUGACUUGGCUACAUGUUACAAUGUCACUGAGUAUCCAGUCCAACGAAACUAUGGCUUUCAGAUACACACCAAGGAGGGCGAGUUUGCCCUCUCAGCGAUGACAUCCGGGAUCCGGCGGAACUGGAUCCAGACCAUCAUGAAGCAUGUCCACCCAACCACCGCUCCUGACGUGACGAGCUCAUUGCCACAGGAGGAGAACAAGAGCCGCUCCCUCGAGAUCUGCCCUCGGCCAAGUGACAAGCAGGAAGGUGGCCUUGGAGAGCCAGACCCUGAGCAGAGACGGAGCCGUGCGAGGGAGCGGAGGCGCGAGGGGCGCUCCAAGACCUUUGACUGGGCCGAGUUCCGUCCCAUCCAGCAAGCCCUGGCCCAAGAGAGGGCCAGUGCCAGGAGGCCCUGUGAUGCCCAGAAGUCUGGGUGUGCCGAGGCAGACCUAGGGGAGCAGGAACUGGAACGGGAGCGCACCAGGCGCCGGGAGGAGCGCCGCCGACGUUUCGGGGCCCUUGACACUGCAGACCCAGGGCCAGGAGCAGAUGAUGCCGUCUCUCGCAUGGAGGUGGACCGGAGCUCGGGGCUGCCCGUGACCUCAGACCUGAAGACCCAGAGUGUCCAUGUGGAGAUUGAGCAGCGUUGGCAUCAAGUGGAAACCACACCCCUGCGGGAAGAGAAGCAAGUGCCCAUCGCCCCGCUGCACCUGGCCCCCUUCGAGGAUGGAAGUGAUCGGCUCCCUGCGCACGAGCUGACCUCUCUGCUGGAAAAAGAGUUGGAACAGAGCCAGAAAGAGGCUUCUGAACUGCUGGAGCAGAACCGGCUUCUCCAGGACCAGCUGCGCAUGGCGCUAGGCCGGGAGCAGAGUGCGAGGGAGGGCUACGUGCUGCAGACUGAAGUGCCCGGCGCCUGGCAGAGGCUCCAUAAAGUCAACCAAGAUCUCCAAAGCGAACUGGAUGCCCAGUGCCAGCGCCAGGAGCUGGUCAGUCAGCAGAUUCAGGCCCUGAAGCGCAGCUAUGGGGAGGCCAAGGACAUGAUCCGACACCACGAGGCUGAGGCCCAGAGCCUCCAGGCGAGGCUGAGCAAUGCUGCUGCUGAGCUGGCCAUCAAGGAGCAGGCACUGGCCAAGCUCAAGAGCGACCUGAAACUGGAGAAGGACAAGGUCCACGAGCAGCUGGAGGAGUGGCAGCACAGCGAGGCCGCCUUGAGCGGGCAGCUCAAGGCCAGUGAGCAGAAGCUCAAGAGCGCAGAGGCCCUGCUGCUCGAGAAGAUGCAGGAGCUGCGGGACCUGGAGACCCAGCAGGCACUGCAGAGGGACCGGCAGAGGGAGGUACAGAGGCUUCAGGAGCGCAUUGCCGACCUCAGCCAGCAGCUUGGCGCCAGUGAGCAGGCCCAGAGGCUGAUGGAGGAGAAGCUGCAGAGAAACUACGAGCUGCUGCUGGAGAGCUGCGAAAAGGAGAAGCAGGUGCUGCUGAAGAGCCUGAAGGAGGUGGAGGACAGGGCCAGUGCCUAUGAGGACCAGCUGCGGGAGCGCGAGCAGCAGGUGGAGCUCCUGCAGAAGGAGAAGCUGAGCGCCACGCUGGAAGGCAGUGAGCGUGUGCACCAGUUGGAGGAGCAGCUGGCGCGGAAGGAGGCCAGCAUCCAGGAGCUCGCCGAGCACGUGCAGGGCCUCCAAGACGAGUGCCACCUCCUCAGACAGCGCUUCCAAGAGCUGGUGGCCCGGGUUGCCAUGUCGGACGGGGACGUUGCUGCGCUGCAGGCCCAGCUGCAGGGAAAGGAGGCUGACUACCUCAACCUGGAGCACUCCUUUGGGGAGGUGUCUGGGCAGCUCCAGCGCAUGCACGCGCUGCUGCGGGAGAGGGAGGAGGAGCUGGGACGCAUCAAGGAGCUGCACCAGAGAGUCCUGGACAGGAAGGAGCAGGACCUCAAUGAGGCCUUGGUGAAGAUGGUGGCCUUGGGCAGCAGCUUGGAGGAGACGGAGAUGAAGCUGCAGGCAAAGGAGGAGAUGCUCAGGAAGCUGGUGAAUGAGUCUUCACCGAGUGCCGAGGAACUUCCUGCCACUCUGGGAACAGACAGUGGCAGCCUUGCCCAGAUGGGGCCGGUUGCUGGGGCACCUCUGGACAUCCCACACACGAGGCCGAAGGACAAGGACCCGGGGACUGGUCUGGGGGAGGCUGGUGGGGAUGUACCCAGGCCUGAGUCAGGGACACCUGGCAGUAAACGGCAAAGAAUCCGGUUCUCCACCAUCCAGUGCCAAAAGUACAUCCACCUCGAUGGGUCGGAGAAGACCUGGACUGGCAGCACGUCCUCUGACACCAGCCAGGACCGCUCGCUCUCGGAGGAGAGUAUGUCUUCUGAGCCUGCCGCUGGGCCCAGCAACGCAGACAGCUACCUCUCUGUCAUCCACUCCCUGGAGACCAAGCUGUACAUCACAGAGGAGAAGCUCAAGGAUGUGACUCUCCGGCUGGAGAGCCAGCGGGGCCGCGAUCAGGAGGCCCUGAUGACCCUGCACCACCAGUGGGCUGGCACUGAGGCCCAGCUCCGAGAGCAGCUCCGGGCCAGCCUUGCCCAGGCCGGUGCCCUGGCUUCCCAACUGGAGCAGGAGAGGCAAGGGAGGGCUGCAUGCACAGAGAGCCAUGCUAGGGAGCUCGGGAGCUUCCGGGUGACAAACAGCCGGGCCCUGACCUGUUUAGAGGACUGCCGGGAGCAGCUGAGGGCCCUGCUGAGGACAAACCAGGAGGAGUGUGCCGCCGCCGCCGCCCCCUCCGCCUCGCUGGCCAGCAUGGAGAGCACACUGGCGGAUGCUAUCCAGGCCCUGCAGUUGCCGCCAGCUCCCACAGACAGCCCAGGCCCCGCUCUGCAGGAGGACGGGAGCCGCCCACCAGGUGGGCAGCCCUGGCUGCCUGAGGUGAAUGAACAGGAACAGCUGAAGCUCCUCUCAGAGCGGAUCACUCUGGAAGCCUCGCUGAUAAAUCAGAUUGCAGACUCUUUGAGAAAUACCACCUCGGACAUCUCCUGUGUCCUCCAAGAGAUCUCUCAGUCCGAAGGGCUGCCCCUGGAGUCCGAACGCACAACAGCUUGUCCUGGGCCAUUAGCAGAUAGCCUAGCCAAGAAGCUGCUGGUGGAAGGGGAAUUCUGGGGCCAGGUGGAAUCGCUGAGCCAGCACCUGGGGACAUUAGGAUGUGAGGUGGGCUAUGCCAAUGACCGGGGGUGGAGGCAGGGCCUCCUGCCUGCCCUUGGCCCCACCGUGGCAGAUGCCACCCUUGUCAGGGCAGAGCUGAGCUUUGCCGCCCAGUCUGUGAGGGAAUCAUUUCACCACAGGCUGAGCAGUGUCCAGGAAAACCUGCACAGUGCCACGGCGGCCCUGCAUCGGCUCAGGUACACGCUACAUGAGAUCCUGGGUGCCUACCGCACCCCAGAUUUUGACAGAGUGAUGCAGCAGGCGUCAGAAGCCCUUGGACUUGAAGCAGGUGCUGGUGAAGGCAUUCUGCAGCCCUGGAACUUGAGCCCCAUGGGGGAAAUGCUGAGUGGAGACCCCAGAGGCUCCCCAGAGCCCUGUCAGGUGCUCCGCCAGGGCCCUGGCACCCUGGUGGCCGUGCAGGAAGAACUUGCCCAGCAGCUUAAAGCCAAGGCCCACAUCCUGGGGGAGAUAGCGACUGCUCUUACCUGCCUCCCACCAGUGGAGUCGCUCAGCAGCUGCCAGCAGCUCCUCCGGGCCUCCCAGGCCCUCUCCUACAGCGCUUGUGUGGGAGGCCUGGGCCAGUACUCGUCAUUAUUGGUGCAGGAUGCCAUUGUCCAGGCUCAGGUGUGUUAUGCAGCCUGCAAAAUUAGGCUGGAGUAUGAGAGGGAGCUCCAGUCGUACAAGGAUUCGUGGCAGAGCCGCGCCUCCCCCUGCCAGGAGCACUUGCAAGCUCUCGGGGCCCUGAGAGAAGAGUACAGGGAGCUUCUCAGGAAACAGAAGAGCGAAUACCUGGAAGUGAUUACCAUCAUUGAGAGGGAAAAUGCAGAGCUCACCGCGAGGGUCACCCAACUAGGCCACCAGCAGCUCUGUCUGGAGGCCAUGGAGGGACGGCCGGAGGAGGAGCUGCUGGGCGUAGUGGAGCAGCUGGGCCCAGCAGAGCCCACCCUGCAGGCCGCCUCCGCCAACCACCGGCAGGACCUCGAGCAAAGCCACGUGGAGCAGAUGCAGAGCCUGGAGGCCAGGUUCCAGCGCAAGAUGGAAGAACUGCAGGGCAUCCACGCAGAGGAGCUGCGGGCACUGCAGGAGCACUACUCCCAGAACCUGCAGCGCCUGAAGGGAACCCUCAGCCAGUGCCAGCAGCAGCGCCCCGACCCCGCAAGCAGGCCAUCUCCACGGGGCCCCAGCUGGCCAGCCGGUCAGGCCGAAGGGGUGGCUGAGUCUGCAGCCGGCCUUCACAGGCGUGUCCAGGAGCUGGAGGCGAAGACUGACGCCGUGCGAGAGGAGCUGGAACACAAGGGCCUGGAGGACGGCGUGGCCGUGCUGCGACAGAAAUACCAGAGAGACUUGGAGAAUCUGAAGGCCACAUGCGAGCGGGGGUUUGCAGCCAUGGAGGAGACGCACCAGAAAAAGAUUGAGGACCUGCAGAGGCAGCACCAGCGAGAGCUGGAGAAGCUGCGCGAGGAGAAGGACCGCCUGCUGGCAGAGGAGACCGCUGCCACCAUCUCAGCGAUCGAGGCCAUGAAGAACGCCCACCGGGAGGAGAUGGAGCGGGAGCUGGAGAAGAGCCAGCGUUCCCAGAUCAGCAGCAUCAACUCGGACAUCGAAGCCCUGAGGCGACAGUACCUGGAGGAGCUGCAGUCGGUGCAGCGGGAGCUGGAGGUGCUCUCCGAGCAGUACUCACAGAAGUGCCUGGAGAACGCCCACCUGGUCCAGGCACUGGAAGCUGAGAGGCAGGCCCUGCGGCAGUGCCAGCGAGAGAACCAGGAGCUAAACGCCCACAACCAGGAGUUAAAUAACCGCCUGGCUGCAGAGAUCACACGGCUGCGGACAUUGCUGACCGGAGACGGCGGAGGGGAGGCUGGGGGUUCACCCCUCACACAGGGCAAGGACGCCUAUGAGUUAGAGGUGUUACUGCGGGUCAAGGAGUCAGAGAUACAGUACCUGAAGCAGGAGAUCAGCUCUCUCAAGGACGAGCUGCAGACUGCAUUGCGGGACAAGAAAUAUGCCAGCGAUAAGUACAAAGACAUCUACACUGAGCUCAGCAUCGUGAAGGCAAAGGCAGAUUGUGACAUCAGUCGGCUGAAGGAGCAGCUAAAAGCAGCUACGGAAGCACUGGGCGAGAAACCCCCCGAAAACACCGCAGUGUCUGGAUAUGAUAUCAUGAAAUCUAAAAGCAACCCUGACUUCUUGAAGAAAGACAGAUCCUGUGUCAGCCGGCAACUCAGAAAUAUCAGGUCAAAGAGUCUGAAGGAAGGCCUGACGGUGCAGGAGCGGCUGAAGCUCUUUGAAUCCAGGGACUUGAAGAAGGACUAGAUGCCUCCCGCCCCACCUGGAUGCCUCCUCAGCUUGCAGCGGCCCACUAGGCGCUGCUCCCUGUCUGACGUGACUUUUUGCUGUUGUUGUUGGCAGGGACACAGGGACAUGGGGCUGUGUCGAGGGUUGCACACACAUGUACCUGCCUGGGGGUUCCAGCCUCCCAGUGUCUUAUCAAAGCUCUUUCCAGAAAUGAGUCAGUCAGCUGGGGACCAGGCAUCUGUCUUGGCACCCCCGUCCUUACUCUAACCACCACACUAACUGUCAGUAUUAAGGCCAACAGCCUGCCAAUAAGCUAGCUCUGUCUUGCACGGGCACCGGGACCAUGGCCACGGCAGCUCUUGCCCUGGCGCCCGUGCAGUGGUUUGUUCUGGGUCCUCUGGAGCUGAGCACCCCUUGAGCUUGGCUGGCCUCCACGGUCACCCUCUGGGUCCAGCACAGCCAUCAGGUCGUGGUCACGGGCUGCCUGGGCCACAGCACUGCAGCACACUAGCCGAAGGGAAAAGCUAGAGGGGAGCCCCAGGACCCCUCUGAGGGCCGACACAGGGGAGGACACAGUCUUGUAUUUGUCCCACCGACGCAGCUUAGAACCACGUCCCAGCGCUCCACCUGACUGUUGGAAGCAACCAUUCCUAAUCUUGUUUGUUUUUUAUUAAAUCUUGCACACAAA